GUUGCUUUGGUUUUUCUCCAAAACUGAAUACUGCAGAAGCCUGAGGGGGGAACGUAAGGAGGGGAAGGAGGGGAAAGGGAAAGAAGAUAUGUGAAGAAAGGGGAGUGGAAAAUAUUGCAAAAACAAGGACAAGAAAGAGAAAGAAGGAGCAAACAGGUCACAAUAUGGCGCUAUUCCCAUUCUUCAAGAAGCCCGCAGGACCAGUCAGAGUGACCAGAAUACAACUGGUUCUGCACUGUUUUCUCCUGUCUCUUAUCAUAUACUUCCUCCAUGGACUUAAAGCCGCUGUCAGUGUGGAGUCGUCUCAUCCUAUCUUUCAUUCCUUGGGAAUGGACAGGGGAAGAGUAACGACAGACAUGGCAGUCAUCAAGGCAACAGCACCAAAAACUCCUCUGGAGACCCCAUGGGGUGCUCCUUUAGUGUGGGGUGACACCCGUAAAUCAAUUUGGCGCAGGGCUAAAUUUGCAAAUCAGGGAACCCAUACAGGUCUGCUGGCCGUCGUGCUGGGAACUUAUGCCCAGUUUGUUCGACGUUUCCUCUCAUCAGCUGAAACCCACUUUCUCCCUGGUCAGAUGGUCACCUACUACAUUCUCACGGACAAUCCCCGCUCUCUGGAUCCUCCCAUCGAGUUGGGGCCAAAACGACAGCUGAAGGUGGUUCCUGUUGCAGAGCUGCCUGGUUGGGAUAGAUUGGCCCGUCGCCGGAUGGCCCUGCUUGCUGAUGCUAUCAGGAACCCAAUCGGCAGCGAGGUUGAAUACAUCUUCUGUGCUGACAUCGAUCAGGAGUUUGUGGCCCCUGUGGGAGAGGAAAUCCUAGGAGACCUGGUGGCCACAUUGCACCCACAGCUCUAUGGGAUGCCACGAAAUGCAUUUCCUUACGAAGUCGAAGAAGUCUCAUCAGCUUGCGUGGAGGAGGAUGAAGGGGACUACUACUACACCUCUGAGUUGUAUGGGGGGUUGGUUUCUGAGAUGUACAGACUGGCUCGAGCCUGUUCUUUGCUCAUUUUGCAGGACCAGGCUAACGGGGUAAUGGCCAGGGGCCUCGAGGAGAGCUACCUGAACCGCUACUUGAUCGACCACAGGCCAACCUGUGUGCUGUCCCCAGAGUACAGCUGGUGGGACUCGGCCCUGGCUCCUGAUGUGCUUGUACAGAGGCUUGUCUCUUUGGGAAGGAAACAGAAAAGAGAAUCAAUGUAAAAUGAGGGACAUAAGGGUUCGGCUGGCUGAACGCAUUGAAGUAUGGAUGCAGAUCUCAUUCCCACAUGAAGAACUACUGUUUUUAGUUGUAAAUUUCCUUUUGGAGAAGGUCUCUGCUCAAAUAUUAGCAAACAGUGUUUUGAAAGGACAGGAGAUGAAGUGAAAAGAUGAAGAGAAAGCACACAUUCCAAUCGUCUUUAUUCAAUUCAUAAUUUCCAUUUCAUUUUCUGUUCUAUUGGCCAAUAAAUGUAGCCUACAAUCACACCGAAGCAAACUGCCCAAUCUGCUCUCAAUUAAAGGCCCAUUUGUGUGAACAGGAUCUCUGCAUGCUAUCUCCUCCACAGCAGACAAAAAAUAAAUUGACCUGUCUCUUUAAACAAAGCACUGCGCUCUCCAUUAAUACCAGCCUCGGAGAUACUGCUCUAAUGGCUUUGUGGUCAGCAGCGAUAAGAGUCAACAGUGUAAGAGCACACUUUCCCUGCAGUGGCCAAUCAUUAAGUGGAGGAGCUGCUGUUUUGAGUUCUUUAAAUACCAGGUGGGGGGAAAA